UCUCUUUCCCAGCUCCGACCUCUCUUCUCUGCCCCUGCACGCGCGCCUUCCCUGCUCCAAUCUCCAACGCCGGCGCUCAGCUCCUCUGCUCGGCCGGAGCUCGCCUCCGUGCUCAGUUCUCUCUCUUUCCCAGCUCCGACCUCUCUUCUCUGCCCCUGCACGCGUGUCCUCUGCUCGCCUCCGCGCUCGAGCUCCGGCCGCCGCUAGCCUAGUUUGCGCCUCUGCUCGCGUAGCUUCGUCGUGGAAGGAGAAGCCUGUGCAGCCGUCGGUCCUGCUCGCGUAGCUUCGUCCCUGCACAUCUGGCCACCGGGGACGGCAACGCUCCGGCGCCGGCGGCGGAGGCCAGUUGCUCCUGGUCCGGGGUAAGCUCUCGGUUUACUUUCAUUCGUCCAAUUAGCGCAGCGUUCACCCUGCACAAAAUCCACAAUCUUGACCUGCACGAUUUUGACAGGGUUAUUGUCUUAUUGAAUCGAGGGCCUGCUGCGCAGCGGCGUCGACGUCAACAGUAUUAACCUCGACAGCGACACCGCCCUGCACAUCGCCGCGUGCUAGAGCCACCGCGACGUCGUCAGGGUGCUGCUCAGCUUUUUUUUGAAGAAUUGGUGCUGCUCAGCUGGAAGGAUGAAUCAUAUUAUUCCCAAUGAUGAGGUUGAACCAAUAGAAGUAGUUGCUGCACCUGAUGAUGAUGAAAGACAGUAUCCUGAGUUUGUUGACAAGUGGGAUAUGCUAGAAUUUGAGGACUAUGAUGGAGACAUUUUCACAGGGGCACAAUUUGAAGAGACUGAUGAAGAGGAGGAGGAGGAAAACAUAGCUAUGGGGGUGGAUGAGCAAGGAGAGGGUGAUGAUGUACCAAGAAAUGAUUAUGACAGAGAUAAUCCAUCCUUAAAAGAAGGCAGCACAUUUGCAUCGAUGACCGAAUUUAGGAAUGCACUUGCUACCUAUUGCAUCAAAGGUGAGUAUGAUUAUGUAAUUGAAAAGAGUGAGCCAACAAGAAUGACUGUUCAUUGCGCAUUUGAGAGGUGUCAGUGGAGGAUACAUGCUUCCUGUAUGCGGAAUAGUACAAUUAUUCAGGUCAAAGUGAAUCCAUCUCCUCACACUUGUCCAAGUGAAAGAAAAGGGUCACAUAAGGUAGCUAAAAGUAGAUGGUGUGCAGAUGCAGUAUUAGAAUGGGUGACAGAUAACCCAUGCAUUGGUACAACUGAACUAGUAAAGAAGAUUAAAGAGAAGUACAACAUUUUAGUGCCUUACAUGAGAGUGUAUUAUGGCAAGGAAAUGGCUCUUGACAAGAUUUAUGGCCCAUGGAAGGAAAGCUUUAACUUAUUAUUCACUUUCAAAGCUGAAGUGGAGAAGGCGUGCCCAGGUAGUGUUGUUGAGAUUGACCAUCAUACGGUGGAUUAUAAAGUGAAUGGCAAGAUUUUGAACAAAGAAUGUUUUAGAAGGGUGUUCGUUUCAUUCAAAGCAUGUUGGAGUGGGUUCUUAGCUGGUUGCAGGCCUUAUUUAGCAGUGGAUGCAACAGCUCUUUAUGGGAGGUUUAGAGGCCAGUUAGUAGCUGCUUGUGCCAUUGAUGCACAUAAUUGGCUCUUUCCAGUGGCUUAUGGUGUCCUCGAGGCAGAGUCAACAGAAAGUUGGACAUGGUUCCUACAGAAUUUGCGUCAGGUUAUAGGGUUUCCACAUGGAUUGACUAUACACACAGAUGCUUGCAAGGGUUUAGAAACUGCAGUGGAUUAUGUGUUUCCUGGAGUAGAGCAUAGGGAAUGCAUGAGGCAUUUUGCUUCAAACUUGGGCAAAUCAUUCAAGGGAAAGUUGAUUGAUGACAACUUAUGGCCAGCAUCAUUGACAUAUAGCCUUAGAAAGCAUAACUAUCAUGUGAAUCAAUUGUACACAAACUCUAGGUUAAAAAUAUACAUUGAAAGUCAUCACAAAUAUCUAUGGGCUAGAAGCAAAUUUGGUGAAGGGUGCAAGGUGGACUAUGUGAACAAUAACUUGGCGGAGUCAUUCAAUGCAUGGAUCAGGAAAACAAAGGGGCUUCAUUUGGUGGAGUUGUUAGAUAAGAUUCGACAAAUGCUUAUGGUAAAGUUUGAGUUGCGUCAAAGAAUUGCACUUGAGAGGUUUCAUGGCCACAUGAUAAUCCCAGCUGUGAUGAAGACAUUGCAUGAAAAGACCAGAGGUUUGAAAAUGUCUUUCAUCAAGCGCAGACCGCUUGAGGCAGAGGUGACAGUGUUGGACAAACAAAAGAAGGAAUGGAGAUAUCCAGUGGACUUAUCGAACAGGACAUGCACUUGUAGGCAGUGGCAGAUUACCGGGCUGCCAUGCACCCAUGCCCUAUUUUUCAUUACUUCUCUUCGUGGUGUAGCCAGCGAAAUUGAUCAAUAUGUACAUAAGUACUACUCUAUUGCCAAGUUCAAAGCAACAUAUGCUGAGAAUGUGCCUUCCAUAGAGGUUCGACAGCAAAUUCAUCUUCUUCAGUUCGACAGCAAAUUUGUCCCAGUUCGUAGUCACAUCUGCUCGUUCAUCCCACAUAUUAGACGCCAUCAUCUCCCCAGAGCCACCAACCACCCCUGCCCCUUCAAGCAUCUUGACAUAAUCGUCCAUCCACAUGAAAAAAUUGCAUAUUUUAACAACCUAAACAAUCCAAAUAGAGGUUCACAAUUCAGCAGUAAGCACAAAAAUGAAAUCAACCGUAAUGGAUAAAACAAGGAUGAACCUUAUUAUCUCGAUAUGACUUGCUUUCACACUUCACGAACUCUCGACCAAAGUUGCCGUUCUCCCACCUUUUCGAUCUUAGUCUCAAGAGCGACUCUGACCUUUCGCAUUUGGGGCAGCGGAUCAGCGACACCGGACCAUAACUGGGCCAUCCUUGUCCUCCAUUGGAGGAGCCGCUUGCCCGCGACAUGCGUGAAUCCAUGCUAGUAAACACAAACAACUGUGUCGCUAUUUUUCUGAGGAGCUAAAGUAUGCUGUAAGUAUCGGUUACAAGGUCUACCCAAUCUGCGGCUAUCUGUUUGACAGAAUGGAAUCACCAUUCAAGGAUUUUGUGAAUGAUAUCUACCGAAGAAGGCUUGAAGCAAAGGCUAGAGGGGAGAAAGCUUUAGAUUUUAUUCACAAUACCACUAUGAAUAGUCUCUACGGCAGGUUUGGUAUUAACCCUGAAAGCACUACCACCUUAAUUCUUAAUAAA